AUUUCCUGUGUGGUGCUAAUUUACAUGAUACAGUUCUCAAGUCUGGAAUAAUUUUUGUGAGCAAGAAGACUUCUUAAUUACAUCAGUGCUUCAAGAUACAAAGAAAUAGUAUUCAGAGUAACCUUAACAAUCUUUUGAAGUCACUAAAAAUCUGAUAGUUGAGAUCCACAAUGGCAGACAUAGGAGAUGGACCACAUUUGGGGGAAGAUCUGACAGAUGCAAAAUCUGUUCCUGGUUCCAAAGGAAAGAACCUACCUGCUAGCAAGUCUAUGGACUCUGGAAUUCUGCCAGACUACAGUUACAGAAUGGAUUAUCCAGAGAUUGGGCAAUGUAUAAUAAUAAACAAUAAGAACUUCGACAGACAGACUGGGAUGUUACCCCGAGCGGGUACAGAUGCGGAUGCUGCAAGUGUCAGAGAAGUUUUUAUGAAGUUGGGAUAUAAAAUAAAGAUCAACAACGAUCUUUCAUGCAGGGACAUUUUUAAACUAUUGAAAAAUGUUUCUGAAGAAGAUCACAGCAAGCGAAGCAGUUUUGUUUGUGUGUUGCUAAGCCAUGGUGAUGAAGGAUUAAUCUAUGGUACAGAUGGCCCUCUUGAACUGAAAGCACUAACAAGCCUUUUCAGAGGUGACAGGUGCAGAAGUUUAGCAGGAAAACCCAAGCUCUUUUUCAUUCAGGCUUGUAGAGGGACAGAACUAGAUUCUGGUAUUGAGGCAGACAGUGGAUCAGAAGAAACAAUGUGUCAAAAAAUACCUGUAGAAGCAGACUUCCUGUAUGCAUAUUCUACAGCUCCAGGCUAUUACUCCUGGAGGAAUUCAGCUGAAGGCUCCUGGUUUAUUCAGUCACUGUGUAAAAUGCUGAAGGAGCAUGCAAGGAAACUUGAACUCAUGCAGAUUUUAACUCGUGUAAAUCGCAGAGUGGCAGAGUAUGAGUCCUGCUCAACUCGGCAGGACUUUAAUGCAAAGAAACAGAUUCCGUGCAUUGUCUCUAUGCUCACCAAAGAAUUUUACUUUCCUUGCUAAAAGAAUCUCACUUUGUAAUUUUUCAGUUUGUGUUUUUAUCUGUAAUUUAUGUGCAAUGUCAGCAUGGAAUACCAUUUUUAAAUCUGAAUUACUGUUCACUACUGUGUGUAGCAUCAUGAACUGUCUCAGAGUCUAAGUUAGAUAUGUCCUUUAUUAGAAGUAAAACAUAGUAUGGCUAUGUUAGAAAUCCAAACUUGAGUAGCUGAAGCACAGGCAAACUUGAAAGUGGUGCUCUGAGUAUCUCGAAAAACUAGGAAGAGGAGACUGAAGGAAGGUCAGAUCACUUAUCAGAUCUAUUUGGUUCUGCAUUUCACUUUGCUGAAGACAGAGAAAAGAAACAGUUCUUGUAAAUAGUUUGGUUUCCUACCUUUGCCAAUGGGAAGAAGAUUCAGAAUGUGAUGUGUUUAAUAAUGAUGGUAAUAUGAUAGUAGUGUCACACAUUUCUUCUUCACUUGAGUUCUUAAAGUUCAGGCUAUAAACUAACCUGAACUGUUUUUAUAACUUAGGGCAGAAACUGUGAAAAACAGCCAUUUAAUUUUUUAUGUACAAUUAGGAAGCAUACUUAGAAUACAGUCAACUUUUUUCUAAUAAUUUCAUAACUUUUUAUAUGGAAUAUUAGGUAAAGCAAUUGUGUCAACCCGGUAGCUGUUUCAAAAUAAAUUUUGUAUUCUGACCUUGAAGCUGAGUGACUAUGGGACCGCUAUUCCAAAAUUCCUUUUUCUGCAGCUCCCUAAGGCAGGAAGCUGCUCGGGCACAUUUUGGGCUAUAAGAAUCGGUGCAAAAGGAAGUCUGUGUUCUGAAUAGUCUGCUUUCCUCUUUCUGGCCAUAAAUUAGUGUGGGUUUGCUGCGUGCUAUGUGCAUACUGCAUUUAAUCUGUGUGGAAACCUAGAUUGGUGGUACCGGAGGAAUUUCACUUCUUAACUCCAACAGCAAUUUGAGUUAAUUACAAUACUUCAGCUAACAUAUGUUAACAAAUUGUAGAUUUAGAUCUCUUGACUAAGUUUUGUGGAACUGGCUUUUACAAAAUUGUAAAACGUUUCUGUUGAUGUUUCAGCUUUUGGCAGUCUUUUUAAGACCAGAGGAAGA